AUGUCAUCCUCAGCGGACCUGUCAACAAGAGCGACGCGCUAUCACGAGCAGUUCGGCCUCCCGUCCUUCGACGACCAUGUCUUCGUCAUCUUCGGCUAUGGCUCCAUCCUGUGGAAGCAGAACUUUGAGUUCGACGCUGAGUACGAGACCUACAUCAAAGGCUACAAACGCGUGUUUUACCAGGGCUCAUGCGAUCACCGCGGUGUGCCGGGUAAGCCGGGCCGUGUGGUGACACUUUUGCCCUCAGAAGACAAGGAGGAGCGCGUGUAUGGAAAGGCCUUCCAGCUGCCGGCGGACCCUGAGAAGCUGAACAGUAUCUUCACGGCACUCGACACCCGCGAGGGCGGCUACGACCGUGUGCAACUGACACUGUUCAACGCGCGCCCGACGACCGGUAACCUGACUACGGCGCCGGCACUGCUGGCAUCGACGCCAAAGUCCUUCAGGACUGAGAGCGCCACCCGAUACAACCCACCCCUGCGCCAGAACUCUUCCGAGGUCGAAGCCGGUGACGCAGAAGAGGUGCUCGACAUCCGCAACCAUCCGAACGCGCCAGCGGUGCAGCCGUGCAAAAAGGUCGUGUGUCUGUGCUACAUUGCAACGGAGCAGAAUAAGGACUACGUCGGCGAGGCCUCGACAGAGGUGAUCGCAACGGAGAUUCUGAGCUGUGCCGGCGUCAGCGGUCCAAAUCGCGAGUACCUCUUCUUCCUUGCCGAUUCCCUUCGUACGAUGGGGGCGACUGACCCACACGUCUUUGAGCUUGACGCCGUCGCGAAGAAACUGCUGCGUGGCCGGGAGGCGGAGUUUUCCGCCGGUAUGCAGCAACCCGUCACGAUCGCAUAA